UAAAUAGUGUUUGUGUUGUGUUUGUAAAGAAAAUCACAGAUCAUAUGAUAAAGCGAUCACUUAUUAAGUGACUGUCUAUUAGUACUCAACUGUAUAUAUGAUAUCACAGACGUAUUAGCAGUUGAAGACUGAUAUCUCUCAAGACAUCGCUUCCCAACCAUAUCUACCACUAAAUGAAUGGCCGCUUCAUUGAACACAAACUCCAAUUGUAUGUCUUAUCCAUCGAAGACUCCAUUCCUUAUUGGCGUCACUGGUGGAACUGCUUCGGGAAAGUCAACAGUAUGUGACCGCAUAAUGGAGCAAUUGGGCGAAGACAGUGUGGCCAAUCGGGAACGGCGAGUUGUCUGUAUAGGACAGGACAGCUUUUACCGAGAAUUGAGUCCCGAUGAGAGGGCGCAGGCAUUCCGCGGUAACUUUGACUUCGACCACCCGUCGGCUUUCGAUGAACAUCUGAUGCUUAAUACACUGAAGGAUGUACUCUAUGGCAAAACAGUAAACAUCAGUCAAUACAACUUUAAAGAGCACACUGUCGGAGAAACCAUACAAACGGUAUAUCCGGCGGAUGUCGUACUCGUCGAAGGAAUUCUUGUUUUUUAUUUUCCAGAAAUUCGGGAUCUCUUUCAUAUGAAGCUCUUUGUUGAUACAGAUUCUGACACACGACUGUCAAGACGUGUUUUAAGAGAUGUGAGAGAAAGAGGUCGUGAUUUGGAAAACGUUUUAAAUCAAUACACAAAGUUUGUUAAACCAGCCUUUGAAGAGUUCUGCCAACCGACUAAGAAGUACGCCGAUGUCAUCAUACCUCGUGGAGCUGAUAAUAAUGUUGCCAUUGAUUUGAUCGUUCAGACAAUUAAGGAUUUGCUACAAAAUCCAAGAGUCCGAUCUUCGAGUCCAUUAUCACCGCCACCUAACUUAAGGGCACAAAUGGAUCAGUUAAGGAGGACUGCUGUCACCAGAAGUGUUUCAGUUGGCAGUUCAUCGCGUCCACACUGAAGAUGUCUAAUGGACUUUUGACUGACAGAUAAAAUUUGUUAUUAUUUCUGACAAUAUUUUAUUUCAUUAUUAUAUACAA